AUGCCGCAGCUGGGCAGCGGCGGCGGGGACGACCUGGGGGCCACCGACGAGAUGCUGGCCUUCAAGGACGAGGGCGAGCAGGAGGAGAAGAUCCCCGAAAACGCCUUCACCGAGCGCGACCUGGCCGACCUCAAGUCCUCGCUGGUCAACGAGUCCGAGGGCAGCGGCAGCCCGGCCGCCGCCGCAGACCCCGAGGCCAUCAGGCGUGUGCAGGAUCCGCAGAGGGUUUAUCAGGAGAAGCUCCCGGACCACAUGGAAGAUGGUAUGAAGCACCAGGACCCAGGGAUGUAUAAAGGAUCCACGUAUUCUGGCUACCCGUUCCUAAUGCUCUCAGACCCUUAUCUGCCAAAUGGAUCUAUGUCACCGCUGUCCAACAAAGUUCCCGUCGUGCAGCCGUCCCACGGAGUCCACCCGCUCACCCCGCUCAUCCCUUACAGCAACGACCACUUCAGCCACGGCUCCCACUCGCCCCACUUGCCCGCCGACAUCAACCAGAAGCAAGGAGUGCACCGGCCCUCCCAGACCUCAGACAUCCCCGGCUUCUACCCGCUCCCCCCGGCUGGGGUCGGCCAGAUCACGCCCUCGAUGGGAUGGCAGAGCCAGUCUGUCUAUCCGCUCCCGUCAUGUGGAUUUAGACAGCCGUAUUCGUCAGCACUUUCCGCUGGGGCUUCUUUCUCCAGGUUCACUCACCCGCUGAUGCUGGGCUCCGGCAUGCACACCACCGGCAUCCCGCACCCCGCCAUCGUGCCCCACUCUGGCAAGCAGGAGAUGGAGCACUACGACCGAAACAUGAAACCUCAGCCAGAACCAAAGAGAGAGAAGGAAGCCAAGAAGCCCACUAUCAAGAAGCCCCUGAACGCUUUCAUGUUGUAUAUGAAAGAGAUGCGGGCAAAAGUCAUUGCUGAGUGCACCCUGAAGGAGAGCGCAGCUAUCAACCAGAUCUUGGGCAGGAGGUGGCACGCGCUGUCCCGGGAGGAGCAGGCCAAGUACUACGAGCUGGCGCGCAAGGAACGGCAGCUCCACAUGCAGCUCUACCCCGGCUGGUCCGCACGGGACAACUACGGGAAAAAGAAGAGACGGACACGGGAAAAGCAACAAGAUUCCAACUCAGCCCGCGCUCGCUGGCAGCCCGGUUAGUCACUGCUGGGAAGGCAGGGAGCAGGUAAGGAUUCAGGCACAGCAGGCAGCGUCGCUGUCCUCUGGCAGCGCUCCCAAACCUAAGAGAUUGGAUGCGUCACGAAAAGCCGUGAAUUUCCCGGUAAUUGCUCGCAUUUCCUGGAGCUGAGCUGGAUUUAGCUGAGCUAGGGAAGCACGACGAGAGAGCAAAAUCCAGGAGAAUUCAGCCAGGAGGCCGUUUCCCAAAGCUCCUCCUUCCCCAGCUGCCAUCACUGACUUUGCCUAACGCUCGCUUUUUUACAGGAGAGGUGGUGCCGGCACCGUUGCAGAACCAAAAAAACGGGAUUGUAGUCUGUUAGUGGUGUGUUAAGUGGCUGACAUGAUGUUGCCUCUUUUCUUCCUCCUGCUCCUCCUCCUCUUUGUGCCUCUGCCUUGCCCAUUCUCCGCCACGCAUGCUUCUGUGUUCAGAUCCUGCCUCUCCUAAGAAAUGCAGAGCUCGCUUUGGCCUCAACCAACAAACGGACUGGUGCGGCCCGUGCAGGUGUGUAUCGGCAACCGGCGGCUCCUGGGCACCUCGCGGGGUUUUCCUGGGCCAGGGGGUUCGGCUGCGCUCGGUGCUGUGGUGAUUUGCUACCUCAGGGGCUGCAGUCCCAGCUUCACGCUGUGUCUGGCAGCCGCCGUGGGCACUGCUCCUGUGGUGCUCUGCGUGGUCGCUGGCUGAUGAACCUUAAAAGCUCAUUUUCAGGUUAUCCUGGUGCGGGGCUUUCCUCCCCUGUUUAAGAUUUCCUAUCCCAUAAACACCCCUCCGGGGCCAGCAGUGAGUAGUGAAGGUUUUCCCUGCUUAUCCUGGGACUAACUGUGUAAUCCAAGCUGUGCCCUCGUUGGUCCUGAAGUUUUGCAGCACCCACCAUGGGGUGGGAGAGCCUCAGGCAGUGAGGCAGUUUGCAAGUUCCUGGCUUUGAGGGAAAGGCAGCAGUGAAGCGCAGUGCCUGAGCCGCCGCAGUACCUGGCUCAGGGUGUCUGCAAGUGCAUCCUGGUAGGAAAAGCUCAGGAAGGGCUCCUGGACCGGGACAGAGGUCUGUGGCUCACAGCACAGCAGGUGCAUUUCCAGGUUUCCAUACCCAUGUGCUGAAGACAAGCAAAAGCUGAAAGCACAGCGAGAAGUAUUGCUUAACGUGCUUACUGCAGCGUAAAGCGAGGGAAAUCAUUUAAUCCAUCCAACUCUGAAUACUGGAGGCAUAGCCCUGCAGAGCCCCAGCAGUGCUUGGUCACGGCUCACCCAGGCUGUCCAAGGUCCCAGACCAUCAGCUGGUGGGGUCGGGCAGGUCCCUGCGCCACGGGGGUGAGCAAGGAGGCUGGGCACACACCUUGCCACCUCGUCCUGCACCCGGGCAGCAGCAAGCGCUGCAUUCCCCUGGGAAUUUCUUACUGCUUCAGAGCAGCUUCAGAACAUCCCCUGCUUUAACUGAUUAAGUUAAAUCCCCUAAUUUAACUGAUUAAGAAACACUGUCCAGAGGGACAGCCGGGAUGUGGCAGAGAGCUGAGGGACAGCAGGUCGGGGGCAGCUCCGCUCCGAUUUCAUUUGAACUCUCUUAACUCAGCUUCAGCGCUAACCCUCUGCAUUGCUUCCGAUUAACACAGGCGGCUGAAGUGUUUGUAGACCUUAGCAUGCUUUUUGUUUUUAAACUUUUGCCUCUCCAACACUAUUUAGUCAAAUCUUUUCUGCAAUUCUUCGUACUAACGUGCCGCUGCCAGCUCAAAGGCUUCUGUCCUGCGUGCUGUGGUCACCGAUGCCUGCGGAGAGCAAUGCCCACCAGAGGAUUCCCACUCCACAGGAGGAGAGUUUAACUGGUUAAAACUGGGUGGUUCUGCUCUGGAGGUUUCACCCUCAGCCCCCCUUACACCAGGGCAAAAUGCUCCAGAGUGCUGUAGUUCCUAAAGGACAGGGAUAGCUGUAUGGUAGCCAUGCCAGCCCUAGCCCACUAAAUGCUUCAUUAUCAACAAUCUGUAGUAUCAGAUCUGCUUUUUCUCCGUUAUUUUAUAUCUAAUUGAAUCAGUGGAUGGAAUGGAUAGAUCUGUAUCAUCUCACAAGUAGGUCGUUGAAACUCUCGGUCCUGCAGCUACUCCUGAAAUGUCUGUGGGAAACACAGCUUGUCCUGAGGUUUGUCUGCUCUGGGAAAUUACAGCCCGUGCAGAAUAACCUGUGUUAAAUAUUCCAUUCAGCAGGGCUGUCGUGUUUCAUAUCACAUUAAUUGGGUCACCACAGCUAACUAUGACACUGACAGCAGUAAUACCACUUCUCUUGUUCACAUCCAGUGCAAAGUCAUGUUUAAUACUGGGCUAGUUAAUGCAUAUUCCAACACUGUCUGGUUUUUCAUUAGUAAGAUCAAAGAAAGGUGUGUGCCCGCAUUAGCAAGUUCUCCAUUUGAUCUGUUUUCCUCAGAUGAGACAGUCGAGGCAGGGAGCUGAGCAGGAGGAAGACAUUCUUUUUAGCUAUUUUAGCUAUAAAGUCAUUAACAGCAUCUCCAGCAGAGGAAUUGUUCCCUCGCUACUGUUAAGGUGACAUCUCGAGAGCUCUAUUGUUUAAAACUACUGAGCUGCUCAGAGUAGGUGACAUGAGGGCUCUGUCAGGAGAAGAGAAGGAAAACUAACUCCAUACAGAGCGUGUACAGACAGCGUGAGAUGGUGCGAGGUGCUACCUGAAUAGCCAGGAACGGGUCAUCUCCGUGUGAGAUGGCAACUGGAGCUCAGGUAAACACAGGCUACAUGUUCCUGCUUUUGGUCCCAAACAGCAGAAUUGUCCUGGGAUGCAGCGAAACCAUGUCCAAGUCUGGCUAUAGUGAGGACAAUGUGUGGCUUGUAUUUUUGAGCCCCCAGACCAACAGGGGACAGCACAUCCAACAGAGGAGCAGCAGUUUCUUACUAGGAAUGUGGGGCUAGCAGGGAGUGAUUGUCAGCAGCUGGGUACUUCUCUGUGAAACCCUUUUUGUGAGGAGAUCUGCCCCUGGCUGCUCAUUCACACACCUCUGCCGAACCCCCUGCAGUGUGUGUGUGCACUGCACUUUGUGCUUGUGCCUCAGCUUCUGAGGAGACAGAUCACGGUGAACACUUCUUGGCCAGGAAAGCCCUGGGCUGAAGUGUGAAGGUUGGCACUGUCCUGGCUGCUUUUCCUUGGCCUGGUUAGUAGAUUGAAAGGUGAUGGAUGCUCCAGAGACAAAUGAGUCUUGUGAACAGCUCAGAGCUGCUCUGGCAUCCCAGGAGGGACCUCAGCCAGCCUCAGACCGUGCCCUCCGCCAGCCGGUCGCUGGCCUUUUUCCUCCUUCCUCACGAGCCUGUGGAGUGCCUUCAGCUCGGCCAUGUCACUGAGUCAGAGGCAGGAGUGAGUGUGAAGUAUUUGGAGGGUCAGAGGUGUUACGAAUAGGCUGAGAUCAGAGGCUUUUGCUGCAGAAAAAAAAAAAUAGAGCUAAGUAGAUGAUACAUUGCAUGCAAGCCUAGGAGAGUGGUAGGAAACGUGCUACAGGCAAAAACACUCCUAAAACCUUGAGUUUGGGUUGACCAGGCGUUGCCUUGGGAGGAAAGCCAAAAACCGAUGGGGUCCUGGCAGCGAGCGCUGGGGCUCUGCUGGGGCUGCAUCCCACGGGGCAAACAAGAAGGGCACGGGUUGUGCCGCAUCGCAGCGGGGAUCCCUGUCACGGCCAGAGCUUUGUCCCCACAGCACGGGUGGGCCGGUCCUUGGCCCCCAUGGGGCCGGCAUUUGGCCCUCACCGGGCUCUGCCCUGACGGGGCCCGGCCCCGCCGCCAUUUUAUCGCCCCCUGGCGGGCGCUGUGGGGAGCCGCUCCCGGCCAUGGCCACCCGCCCACAGCCACCCCGUCACGGCCACAAGCCCACGGCCACCCCAGCAGGGCCACAAGCCCACGGCCACUCGGUCCUGGCCACCCAGGACCCCCGCAGGGCCGGCUGCGAGCCCCCUCGCCCCGCACCGCCACCCACCCGCCCUUAGGUGCAUGUCCGCAGGCUCGCCUGCUAUUCACGGCUAACUCUCUUCACUGU